UUUAUCGACAGUGUCAAGAGAACUCACGUUGAUAUUUUAUAUUUUUUUUCAUUAUAUUAAAGAUUUUUAGUUUAUUUGUAAUAGUAAAGUGAAAUAUACAAUAAUGGCGAAAAAAGGUAAAGCAAAGAUUAGUAAAGUCAAAAGAAACAAUCAAACUACAAAUAAAAUGAAGAAGCAGGGUAAAUUAAAACUGCAAAGACACAAAGCAAAGGUACAGAAACAGAAACAACCGACACAAAAUCAGCUGGAAUAUAGCAGUGAAAGCGAAUCAUCCAGCAACGAAUGGGCCGAUAUGUUGGACGAGGAGGAACAACAGUACAUAACUUCUAGGCUAGUAAAGCAGCCACAGCUGUUGUCUAAUAUACCUGACGAAGAGAAGGAAGAUAAACAUGGAUCAAAGCGUAAAAGAGGCAAGGAGAAAUUACCAAAACCAGCCAAACCCACCAGAAACGUAAAUAGUGAUAGUGGUGCUGAGAGUGAUACAGAUACAGAUAUGGAGGACAAGUACGAGAAGGAACUGGCUGAACAACCCACCAAAAAAAUGAGGUCUCUUUUGCCUAUAAAGACUAAAACAGGAAUCGAGGAAAGGAUGGAAGAAUGCGACGAAUCAGAAACAGAACAAGAAAAUGAUCAGCAAAAUGAUGAAAAAUCAGAUGAAGAGGAGGCAGAUUCUGGCAUGGAAGUAACUACAGAGGAAGGAAAGCCAGAAGACAAAGAUGUCAUCACCACAGUAGAACUGAUGGCACAAAGACGUGACAGGUUGAACCAUGAGAAGCUCAGAAUAGGAGCUCUUUGCUCAUCAUUAUUGGAAAGUCCAGAGAAAAAGUUGAAAAACCUGUUUCCAAUCUUAUAUCUGAUGGAUGAACGACUAAAAGAUGGUACGCAGAAUCUGAUCUCAGUACGUAAGCUGGCCACAAUAUCCGCUGCAGAAGUGUUCUGUGACAUCCUGCCCGACUACAAGAUACGACACCAGGACUACUCAGAUGUUAAAUUAAAAAAGGACACACUAACAUUGUACAAAUACGAAAAGGAACUUUUGGAAUUCUACAAGAGAUAUCUGCAGAGGUUGGAGAAAGCGUCUAACGUGUUCAGGCGCAAGAAAGGCGAUAACCGCAAGGCGGAGUCGUCGGCGGAGUCGCUGGCGCUGGUGAGCGUGCGCUGCCUGUGCGGCGUGCUGGCGGCGCGGCCCUACUUCAACUACGCCGCCAACAUCGCGCAGAGCGCGGUGCCGCUGCUGGGCGCCGCCGACGCGCGCGUGCGGGCGCUCGUGGCCGCCUGCGCCGCCGCCGUCUUCGCGGACGACCAGCGCGGCGAGAUCACGCUCACCAUAGUGCGUCUCAUCAACCAGCUGGUGAAACGUCGCGGGGACCGCAUCCAUCCCUCUGCGCUCGACUGCCUCCUCACGCUGAAAAUCAAAGACGUGGACCUCGACAAGGAAGCUGACCUGCAGAACAAGAAGCGACAGGAGGAGAAACAUAAGAAACGAAUCAUUAACUUAUCUAAAAAAGAGAAAAAGCGCGCGAAGAAGUUGAAGGAGGUGGAGCGCGAGCUGCUGGAGACGCGCGCGCAGGAGAGCGCGGCGGCGCGCAGGGCGCUGCUCACGGACGUCACGCGCACGCUCUUCCACAUCUACUUCCGCCUGCUCAAGUCGGCGCCGCGCGCGGGGCUGCUGGCCGCCGCGCUCACCGGCCUCGCGAGGUUCACACACGUGAUCAACCUGGAGUACUACUCGGACCUGGUGGCCAUCCUGUCCCGUAUGCUGCGCGACGAGCGGGUGGGGGCGCACGAAAAGCUGCUGUGCGUGAACACCGUGCUCAGCAUCCUGUCCGGCGCCGGAGACGCGCUCAACGUGGACCCCGCGCACUUUCACGCGCAUCUCUACCACAACAUGCUCUCCGUGCACGCCGGCGGCACGAGCGGCAGCGCGCGCUGCGUGCUGCAGGCGCUGUCGGCGCUGGCGGCGCGCGCGCGCAGCGUGCCGGGCGCCGUGCUGCACGCGCUCGCCAAGCGCCUGCUGGGCGCCGCGCUGCAGCUGCCGCACCACGCCGCGCUGGCCGCGCUCGCGCUGCUGCACAGCCUGCUGCAGCAAAAUAAGUCGCUGGGGUCCCUGUUCGAGACGGAGGAGGUGGUAGGGUCGGGGCGCUACGACCCGCUGCUGCCGUCGCCGGAGCACAGCGGCGCGCACGCCGCCACCGCGCACGACGCCUGCGCCCUGCGCGCGCACUACCACCCGCACGUGCGACACCUCGCCACUGCGCUGCUCACGCGACGCUCGCACGACCUCGUCUCGAUGACGCCCAUGCAAAUUCUGGAUCAAUACGACUCGUCUCAGAUGGCAUUUAAGCCCGCUAUACCGCCGCCCAAACCCAUCGACCCGACCACUAAGAUCAAGUCCGGCCAGGCGUGGGCGCAGAGCGACUUCAAGACCUAUUGCACUGAUAUUGAAGAUAGUGUACAAAUGAAAUUUAAUGAAAAUAUUGUGAGAUGAUUCCUACAGAAAAUAUAGAUAAAAAUAAUUUCUUAAAUAAAAAAUAUAUUUAGUUCCUCGUCUAUUUCAAGGUAUGGAUUGCACGGCCCAGUUAAAAAUAAUCUACAAACAGUUGGUGCUCGAUUUUAUUUUAUUUUCUAUCUUUACAACUACAUGGUACUCGUAGUAGGAGUACUAGGACUUGUAUAUAAACUUACAGGGAAAUAAAUAUAAUUGUUACA